GGAAUCGGACAUGUCCAAGCCACCGUGUUACGAAGAGGCGGUGCUGAUGGCCGAGCCGCCGCCGCCCUACAGCGAGGUGCUCACGGACACGCGCGGCCUCUACCGCAAGAUCGUCACGCCCUUCCUGAGCCGCCGCGACAGCGCGGAAAAACAGGAGCAGCCGCCUCCCAGCUACAAGCCGCUCUUCCUGGACCGGGGCUACAACUCCGCGCUGCACCUGCCCAGCGCCCCUCGGCCCGCGCCGCCCUGCCCAGCCCUCUGCCUGCAGGCCGACCGUGGCCGCCGGGUCUUCCCCAGCUGGACCGACUCAGAGCUCAGCAGCCGCGAGCCACUGGAGCACGGAGCUUGGCGUCUGCCGGUCUCCAUCCCCUUGUUCGGGAGGACUACAGCCGUAUAGAGGGGCGCCCGGCGCCCCGGGCCCCACCGGCGGACUCCUGGCCUGACUGCGGGGCUUUUUAAAUGCUUCCCUGGACUGCGGGGAGGGGCGGGGGGAGGGAGGGAUUUCUUAUCCCGUUUGUUACAUUUUGAGGAUAAUAAAGGUGUGUGAUCUGGUUUGGUACAUGCGGAGGGUGCACCCGCUGCUUUCGCCCAGGGUUCUGGUGACCAGACAAGCCGGGACCUUGGCAGGACGGACCCUGAACGUGCGUUUCCGCCACAAUAGAGCCUAAGGGUACAGAGCUGAGAUCAACCUUCUCAGUUCCAGGCGGCUUCCCCUGGGAGCCUCAGCCCCCAGCACCGCCCCCCGGUCCCGGCGGGUCUUGGAAUUAGGGUGAGGACGCCCCCUGGUGGCAAGGAGGUGCUGCGGCCUCGGAGAUGGGAGGAGUUGGGAACCUGGGUCAGGGCAGGCGGCAGCCCAAAGGGAUCUGGAUUUCUUUAUUAACAGACAUGAGCACGACCCGUUACAGAAGUUUGUGCUUUCCAAAAAAAA